GUUAAUCAUGUCUCUACCAAGAAUUAGAUGCCACUUGUUCAGUGCGCGGUACGUCAGGGAUUAAGCGUAAUAGGCUUCUCUCGUCUGACGCACUCGACAUGUCUUGAGCACGAAUGUAGCCCUCAAUUUUAGGAAUUUUCGCGGACUAUGGACAUAAUUUGUUACCUGCUAGUUAUAGUUUUGCUCAACAUCCAGGCGUAUGAAACGUAUUCUCAAUGUUUAAGCGGGUGCAGCUGUGUAGAAGACCGUCAUGGAAGGUCGCUCAUAUGUAUGGAGGAGAACGCGUUCGGGGCCAUACCAGACAACCUUCCAGAUGAUAUGACCAAAAUACGAAUAGAAAAAUCUCACUUCACUGAAAUAUCCAGAGGGGCAUUCUCAAACACGCCCGCCUUGGAGAACUUGUGGUUGAACUUUAAUGAUAUCACAGUGAUAAACUCAAAGGCUCUGGAGGGUUUGGGUAACUUAACCGAGCUCCGUCUGCAAGGUAACAAGCUCCGUUCAGUACCAUGGACAGCGUUCGAGGACGCGCCGGCCCUCAAGAUCCUGGACCUGAAGCACAACCAGCUGGACGUCCUGCCGGAGCAUGCGUUAAAAUUUUUGCCAGGUCUGACUUACUUAGAUUUAUCCUUCAAUCGGCUUACGGUCAUAUCGAAGGAAGUCUUCAUAAACUGGCCUCUCUACCAAAAACUACAGAGCACGGAGGAGCGAGACGCGACCGCUUUCGGGCCGAACGUCGUCCUGGCGCUGCACGACAACGCGUGGCUCUGCGACUGCCGCCUGAAGGGCUUCGUGGAAUUCAUCAGGUCCCUGCGCCCCCCGAUUAUACUGAUGAACUCCUACUUGACCUGCUCAGGGCCGGACUUUAAAGCGGGCAAGUUCUUCCAUGAGGUAGAGCUGCAGGCGUGCGUAAAGCCCAUCGUCACCACCCCUUUCUCCAACCUCAGUCUGCCUCAGGGCGCAAACAUCACCCUGCGCUGCCUCGCCAAGGCCAGGCCAGACCCCGCGGUGUGGUGGACAUAUGGCCUGAAGAUAAUCAGAGGAUUUCAUGAGUCUCAGGAAAGAGUGGGCGAAGACACCAUCAGAUCGCUCCUGGUGAUCCCCUUCCUUCACGCAGCUGACCGUGGUAUCUACACCUGUACUGCCGUCAACUUCAUUGGAAACUACUCUGUCAGCAUCCUCCUGGACGUCCAAUCUCCUGAAGGCUCCCAGUCAUCACUCCUCCCUGGCAACCCAGCUCCACCACCUGCUGCCAGUAGUGAAAAUGUCUACAUUGACAUCCGCAUCGCCAAACAGACAGUACGUGGUAUCAUCAUUGAGUGGUACGCUGCCUUGGACCGCCCAGCUGAAACAUGGUUCACAAUCCACUUUGGCGACGUAGGUACUGAUAAGAAAGAAAUGGUCUACAUCGGCCCUGGGAUUCACUCUUACUCCGUCUCUGAUCUGAUGCCUGCUACCAAAUAUGAAAUCUGUGUAACCCUUAAGAACCAGAUACCGCGUCCAGGCCAGUGCAUUGUGUUUGUAACAGGAAGUGACAUUACUGAGAUGGAACAGAGGGAGAAGCUGAUUCAUAUAGUGGUGAUAGUUUUAGCCAUGGUGCUUGCUGUGCCUAUAGGUAUGUUUGCCUGCACCACUGACACUAAGUUUGCCUGCCUGGAGGGUAUCAUGGAGUCCUGGAAGAACCGGCAGAGGGAAAGAAGCUCCCCCCGGGUGGAGCGGGAGAGGCAGGGCACCUUCGACAGCCUGCAGGCCACCAGCGACGAGGGCCUAGUUAAUAAAGAUUCCAGUGAAGACAGGAAGGUGAGGAGGAGGUCAGAGGACAGACAACAUAAAGGCAAAGCCGACCACAGUAAACAAACAGCUGAACUAUAUUAAAUUAUUUGUGAAACCAACAAGGGAAAACAUGAAACUGACCUUAUAAUAGACCAGUGUUUCAUCUUUUAUUAGUUCUUUUUGUAAAAUAUAAUAGAAAACUUUAGUACUCAUAUGAGUACAAUAUUCAGAAGAAUGACCAUGUUGUCUGCCUUGGUUUUAAUCUCAUCUCUUCCUCUGUUCUAGGCCAGGGAGUUUGAUGCAAAGAUGUGAAUGAUGACCAUUAUGUCAAGAGUGUAAUUCAAGGAUUUGCACCACUGUUUGCAGUUUAUUUUCCUGUCUGAAAUAUGACAUGUUUGUCUUGUUAUCAUGAUAUGUUUAAAUGUCAAUUAUCACUCAUUCUAAACUGCUGCUUUAUAUGAAGCCUUUGUGAUUGAUUUAAAUGUAGGAGCAAUUGUGAGCAACAAUUGCUUCUGAUGAGUAUAUUUUUUACCAAGUCUUUCAGUAGUAAGUGCAUAAUUUAUCUUUAUGUAAUUCUUUGUUAGCAAUUUAAUGUUGUUUUAUGUUUUUAUCUAUUUAUCAGACUAAUUUCUUUUUGGCUCAACAUUGUCAAUUCAGUUGACAUAUUUGUACUGUAACAUAAUACUGGAUCUGGAACAACAAGAAAAUAUCUUAAACCAGAUGGUGAUUAUGU